AUGGCUUCACUAAUUCUUGGAGCUGGAAUCCUGGUUCACGAUAAGAUCAAGAGCAGCAAGGCCAAAAAGCAGGAGAAGAAGCGCAAAGCAUACGAGGCACGUUACAACGAACUUGAACAAGAGCACAAGUCACAAGAGGCGACAUUUCUGGAACGUAAGAUGACCGGUGACAGCAGUUCUCGUGCCAAAGAUGCAGCAACUGCCGAGAAGCAAUCAGAGCUCAAACGCCACAGCUCAGACAGCCAGAGAAGCAUCCGCAGCCAUCACGACGAGGAUAGUCCGGCGCGCUGGGUUGAGGAAGCGCAACGUGAGCGACAGCGGGACAGACAACGCACAGGGACGCCGACACAGACCGUCAUCAAUCAGAACGCUCCGAGCGACGUGAUAGAGAUCAUGACCGCGAUGGUUCCCGUGAUCGUGACCGCAAGCGACGUGAUCGAAGUCGUGAUCGCCGUCGAGACGAAGAAGACCCACGGAGCCCGCGAAGCGAGCGUGGCUCCGCUAAUGGAAGUCACAGAAGUCGACAUCGCAGCCGGAGCCGUGACGGAGACCGACGUCGAUCACAUCGCGAUGAUGACCACCAUCGGCGGCGCUCUAGAUCCCCUAGAGAUGACAGAUACUACCGCCCCGGCUCCCGCCGUGACGAUGACCGUAGAGACCGAGACCGCUACGAACGCCACACCAGAACCGCAGCUCAAUGAAGAUGAGCGAGAUCGCCGUACUGUCUUCGUUCAACAGCUCGCAGCUCGUCUACGCACCAAAGAGCUAAUUGCCUUCUUCGAAAAGGUCGGGGCUGUGAAGGAGGCUCAGAUCGUCAAAGAUCGAGUCAGUGGACGUUCGAAAGGUGUCGGCUACGUUGAGUUCCGUAGCGAAGACUCCGUCCCUCUCGCAAUCGCGAUGACUGGUCAAAAACUUCUAGGCAUACCCAUCAUUGCCCAGCUUACCGAAGCAGAAAAGAACCGACAGGCUCGCAACCCAGAAACUACUACCACGACCCAUAGUUCGGUGCCCUUUCACCGUCUCUACGUUGGCAAUAUCCACUUCAGCAUCACUGAACAAGAUCUACAGAACGUCUUUGAGCCAUUUGGCGAACUCGAGUUCGUGCAGCUGCAGAAGGAAGAGGGCGGCAGAAGCAGAGGAUACGGUUUCGUACAAUUUCGUGAUCCCAACCAAGCACGUGAGGCCCUUGAGAAAAUGAACGGAUUUGACCUCGCAGGACGUCCAAUAAGAGUUGGACUAGGAAACGACAAGUUCACUCCCGAAUCUACGGCAAACCUUCUCCAACGCUUUCAAGGACAGAAUCAGCCCACCAACUUCCAAGGUUCGGCAUUUUCUGGCUCUGGCGGUCGCGGUGCACAUGCUGGAGGCAGUGGUGGCAAUUUCGAUCGCGCCGAUGUCGCCGGUGUCAACUUCUCCAACUACAGUCGUGAUGCACUGAUGCGAAAACUUGCUAGAACCGAAGAUUCCAGCGCCGAUGAGCCACGCCAAAAAGCUCCCACUGCAGCGCCACGCAAAGAGACCAAGCCACUGCCAGUCACCGUAGCUGCCGCCAGCCGAUGCGUCCUACUGCGCAACAUGUUCAACCCAGCCGAAGAAGAAGGAGAUUCGUGGGUUAAGGAGCUCGAAGACGACGUCAAGGCUGAAUGCGAGGAGAAGUAUGGCAAGGUUGUGCACAUCUCACUUGACCCAAACACGCAGGGCGAUAUAUACCUCAAGUUCGAGAGGGUUUCUGGUGGCGAGAAGGCAAUUCAAGGUCUCAAUGGACGCUUCUUUGGCGGUAGGCAGAUCUCUGCUCAGCCAGUAGUUGACGCGGUUUACAGCAGUCUAUUCGCCCGCACCAAAGCCCUAUGA